AUGGCGCGAAAGUUUGGGAAGAGCCAGCAUCCUUUCACCACCAAAUCUUCUUUGCUCUGUCUCCUACAAAUCCUCGCAAGUCCGGCUCGCAGUUCAGCGCAUGAUGAACCAACGGCAACCACGACGGUGAUUGUUCCAGCCACUGAAAUCUAUUAUCCCUCAUCCACCUCUACGCCGGUUCCGAUCACGAGCCCCGAUCGCUGGGUGAUCCCGUUGGUCGGACUGUCGGAUGUCACCACACCUUGGGGUGCCAAUGUUACGAGUGGGAAUGGCACGGUGACUGCGUAUACCAUAUCUGUUGGGCAGAACGAUAGCGACAUUGACAGAAACGGUGGGGAGAAUGGUACACAACCGCUGAACCGACCACAGUAUACCUUGGUGGACGCCCAGUUCAUAGGAGACCUCAAUGGCAACCAGGUCAAUUUCACCAUAUCCCAGCAUGAUCAUCACAUACUCAACCUAGGGAACGACUCCCACCUGAUGGUCACCACCAGCGGUACCGACGAGAAUACCCCCAUCCGAACAGUCCCUUUUGGCUUAAACCUAGGCCAUAGAGGCGAAUGGAACGGUUCACUCGCACUAGGCGGAUUAUACGACGCCAAUCGUCUCACCGACGAUGCGACAUCCUGGGUCUCCAUCGCAGAGACCAUGAACAACAAUGGUACCUUUCUGCAGACCGGCAAGCAGACCCUCUCCGCUGUCAUUCUACGCGUCUGGGAGUACAACCCCGGUCCAAGUGGCACCAACACGAGCAUCAACGCCAAGGUGAAACGGUCCGGUCCCUUCUCGGUCUCGGACGAGUCUGAACCUAGCAUCAUCUACCCUGCUCGGUUGGAUCUGACCAGCGACGCGCUGAUCCUGCCACGAGACUGGUGCGGCCGCAACGUCACGCUUGAAAUCAACAUGUUUCCGAACCGUGUCGCAAGUGUCUCUAGUUCGAUUUUGAUUGGGAUCCCCGGGAACCUGACGGACAGCAGCAGCCGGUGCAGCUUCGAGCAGAAUACUGAGGAGAUUGUCCUCGGUCGUCCUUUCUUCCAGGCGGCCUACAUCUACGUUGACGUAACCGGCGAGGUGAGGAUCCUUCCUGCCAAUCAGUACGAUCUCCCACCCAAGCCGGUUUCAUUCAAUGCAUCUGCGAGGCUGGUCCAGCCUGACCGCCGCACCUCGAGGUAUAGCCCUGGUGCUGCGGGUGGAACGCUGGUCAAGGGCAGCUGGGGCGACCGAAACUUGCCUGCUGAGACGGCGCUCAAUCGUGCUGUUGCCGUUUUACUUGUAAUUGCUGGUUUUGCGUUUUUGCUUUGA